UGAUGGCAGUUUUUAGGGUGCUAUAUUUUAAAAAGGCGCCUGUAAAUAAAAUGUCUUGCUGCUGCUGAUUUGGCGAAUCUGAGGAGAUGCAGCUCUAGCAGACUAGAGCCAUAGAGAUCAACACAGUUUAUAACCUUUAAAAGAGCUAGUUUUACAUACUCAAAUCAUGAGCAGUGAAUCGCGGGAAACGUCGAAGAUUUUCUGUAGUUCUUAGCGCCAUAACGUACAUUUUCAGUGUCAUUCUUUCAAGUUUUUGCCGCUAACGUUUGUGAGAUUAACAGGCUUUUAUUACGACAAAAGUCCUUCCGCUCGGCUUCACAGCCGGAGAAACGCAAUAGCGUACCUAAAGAAAUGUGUGAACGAUUAAGUAUUUUUAAAAAUUAAUCUUUCAAGUGGAAUGUAUUUUCAUAAUGGAGAACAAAACGGGAGUUUACUACCAGGCAAUGCCAGCAGUGGGACCUGAUGGGAAAAAUGUUAUGAAGUUGAUUCCGGUUCAGAAGGUGAACGGGAAGUUUGUUCAGACGCAUGUUCUUACUGCAAGGAAUGACUGUCAGCCUCAGGUUUAUUCUCAGCCUGCUCACAUAUCACCUGCAUCUUUACCGCAAAACAAACUCCCAACACUUCAGCAAACAGCAGAUGGACGUUUUAUUUUAAAAACGCCACCUGAAAGCAACAUUUUAUUUAACUCUGUGAAAAUUCAACACCAAGGAGAUAAUGACUUAUUUAAAAAUGCUCCCAAUCAAGUACGUGCCCCACUACUCACUACCAGACUGACACAAAAUGCAUUGCAGUUACCCCCUCAAAAUAACAGCAAGACUGUAACUGUGAUUAACAGUCCGCAGCAGCCUGCGGCUUUGAAAUCACCCAUUUUUCCAAGUGGACAUUACCUUCAGAUUCCUCCCAAUGCUACAGUUAGAACUCUCCCUGCCUCUGCACUCCCACAGUCCAUCAAAAGCCAGAUAUGUAACUCUUCAAGUGCCCUGUCUAACCCUGCAAAAGGUUUACCAACAGUUGUUUAUGUGUCUCCAGUCAACUCUUUGAAACUAGGUCCCAAUCAGCCGUUACCAGGUCUCACUAAAGCUAGUGAACUACCCAAGAGCUUAGCUCAAACGCUGUCCAUAACUGAUGUGAAAAGCCUGAGUGUGUCUUCUACAUCUAGUCCCAAGGCUGAUCAAGGAGCCUCCGCUCCAAUGAAGUGGAUAAUCCAAGAAGGGGCAGGAAACGCUGCUCCGUGCCUCAUACCAGUGUCUUCUCCCAGCAUGUCCACAGACAUCUUGAAAGCAGUUAGACAAAUUGAAACAGUGAGACAUACAAACCAAGUUCCAGCAGGAGAACCCACAUCUGCUAAUGCCACCCAAGAAAAGAUUAGUCCGGGAAAGGACAACGCCCUUGUGAUGUGUAACGGAAAGGUCUACUUUGUGGCUAAAAAAAAUUCCGAGAUUAGCAAGGAUUUGAUCUCCGGGGUGACAGGCAAGGUGCAGGUAAAGAAUUCUGCCCAGCCUGCUAGUGUUGUGUCAGGGUCAUGCACCUCCAAUAUGGUUCCAAAGCAAGACUCAAAAAACACUCCAGUCAGCAAAAAGCCAAACGAAAUCAUUGAUCUGUGUGAUGACGACGAAGUUGACGAAGAGAGCUCUACAAGUGCCAAAUCUAGUAGAUUAACGGUACUUAGUGAAACAGCAGGUGAGAAUGAUGAAGACUCCAAUGUAAUAUUUGUGUCAUACAUUCCACCAAAAUCAGACACUGAGACCUGCAAGAAAGUUGCAGAGACGGCUCCACAGAAUGGCUGUGGGACCGAUACGGACAGCCUUGAAUGCAAAGCAGGCAACAUGGAACAAAGCUGUGAAACAAACAGUACAAACAGCCCUGUGAUUAACCUUGAUGUCAGUAGAUGUCAAGAUAAUGUAGCUGCUCAUGAGAGUGUGAAUGGAGGGGGAGCUGCGUCAGAACAGCCAGAGGAAGUUUGCGAUCAAGGAACAGAAGCAACCAGAAAGAUUUCGGUUGAUCCGGUUAUUCAUUGCAGGCAGGACAGUGAAGCAGUUAAUGAAAUGUCUUUGGAAGAACCAGCCUUGGAAGAGAUGCCUCAGCAAAAGAGUGAUUCUGAACUCAGACAGAUUUUUGGGAUUACUUCUGAUCUGAAAAUUGGCUUGCAAAGGAUAAAUCAGGCUAAAGAGUCGAGUCCACAAGCCGAGAGAAGGUCCAUCAACAAACGCACUUUGGAGGGCAUCCGCAAACUGAUUCGGGAAUCACAGAUAGAGUUAAAAAUCAAACAGCUGAUUCAGGCACAGGUGCCUGUCCCCAAAAAGGAAGAUGGCCCAGAAGAUGCCAAGAGAAAACGGUUGGAGCAGGUUGGGCAGAAGACCUGUUUGGACUCUGCUUGUUCCAGUGUCAAAAGUUCUUCACCUCAGUCUGAGGGUACAGUAAAUUGUGAUGACGAGAUGCAAAGUGCAUCCACAGACGCCUGUGCAGAUAGCAAGGUGUUACUUUGCUGUCAAGGUUCAGAGUCAGAAACUCUGUCUACCAGUGGUUCCUCUGAAGUAGCAAAGCCGACUGCUGAGCCACUUUGUUCCUCGUCUUCAUGUCAGCCUCAACAAAUUCAGACUGCAUGGAGUCAUACUGACAGUACUGCUUGUACUUCUGUGUCACGGAAGACCCCACCUCGACAAAGCAAAGGCAGUGGGAGAGUAUGCACAGCAUGUCCGUGUGGAACUAAGGUCGGCGUAAUAACACCAAAUUCAUCCAAACCUCAAAAUAAUACAAGUUCUGCUGCUGUUGUUGAUCCUUCUAAACAGGCAAGCGUUUUCACAGAGUCAAACACAGACUGCAAUACAGUUGAUAAAGUACUGGAGAAUUCCGUUUUAGACCCACCAAUGAGAAAUGAUGAGUUGGAAAAGUCUGAGGACGAAGCAGUACAUUCCGGUCAGUCAUAUCCAACACCUGGUGAAGGUUCAUUGCAGACUGCUGCCUCUUUGGCAAUGCAGCAAGACAGUGUCAGUCAAGCAGGCUUGAGUUCACAAGGAAAAACAUGCUGCAGCAGCAUUUCAAGGGACACAACGCCAGGUAAGACUUGUGAGGAAGGUACAGGUGGUCAUGUGGAAGCAGCCAAGCUUGAUCUAAACAAUCCAAAAGACGUGAAGGCACCUUCUUCCUCAGUUGGGGAAAUGUUUGGUGUGGGUGAAAACAUGCCCAGUGAGUUUUACUCCUCUAUAAUGCUGGACCCUGAGGAAGUAAAGAGACGGGAAAGAAUCAAACGCCUCAAAGACCUCCUGAAGGAGAAGGAAGCGGCCCUGGAGAAGCUGAGGAAGAGCAUGUGAGAGAAAUCAGCACACGUAUAAACUUAUUGUGAACUACUGGAGGCACGACAUUGAUGGAAAACAACACAUAAAGCAGCUUCCUGAAAAAAAGGCAGCAUCUUGUCAUUCAUACUAAGUAAAUUAUUAUUUAAGUAGUGUAUAGAGGAUGAGUUUUUGCAUCGUUAUUUCUGUCUGACCAAUUAUGUAUUUAAGUCAGUAUUUCAUGCUUGUCAUUUAUGGUUGUGUCAGUGUUAGAAUGUUGUCAUCUUUAAUGUGUAUGUAUUUCUUAACUGAAAGAAUGUGAAAUAUUGUAAAAUAUGGCUGUUUAUUGUACUUUUUGAAUUGCUUUUCUAAAUUAUCUUUGAGAACUGUCAAAAAUCUACAGUUUCAAAUGGAUUCAUUUAAUAAAUGAGAAAAUGUACCUUUAUGAAGGCCUGUGCGUACAUCCGCACCUAUAUUGUCUCAGUUUGCAUGAACAUUUGUUUUUUUUCCAGCUUACAUCUACAGAAUUCACAUUUAAAUAAACUUAACUAGCCAGUCAUCAUCAGCUCUGUUUGGAUUACUCAGUUUCAGUUAGUCAGGAUUUUCGAAUGGUGUAUAUGGAGUCAGAUUGGGAUCAUCUUUGUUUCUUGUUCUUUCUAGUUUGACUGCAUAGUUGUACAAUUUUGUUAUUCAAGUGCCAAUUGUUUUGUAUUUCUGUGUAUUUUCUCUAAGUUAUAGCUGAGUAUAAAUUAUAAAAUAAAGAUAUACAAAGUGUU